AUGUCAACCAGAUGUCACCCUUGACACUACUCGCCCAAAAAUAAAUAGAACAUUUUGAUUUGAAAAUUAUAAAAAUCGAGUAUUUCGGAAGGUAUCUUAGUAUAUAGCAAACUCAUUGGAAAGCGAGGAAAGUAGACAAAAUCUCCACUUCUGAUUCAUAAUCGCCAGCGACAUUAACCUCGGAACCGAAAUCAAACCUUCCAUCAUGGGCUUCGAUGUAAGCAGCAUUGUGGGUCACGUGGACGAGGAGCUAAUCUGCCCGAUCUGCACGGACGUCCUGGAGGAGCCGGUUCAGUCGUCGGGAUGCGAACACGCCUACUGUCGCGCCUGCAUCGACAAGUGGAUGCAGCAGAAGCAGAUUUGCCCGGUGGACCGCUCCAUCCUGCUGACCUCUAACCUGGUGCCCGUUUCGCGGCUCAUGCGCAACAUGCUCGGCAGGCUGAAGAUCAAGUGCUCCUUCUCGCCGAACGGAUGUGACCAGAUGCUGGCGCUCGAGGAGUUCCGCAACCAUGUGGCCACCUGCCAACACAAUCCCAAGAUGGUCGUGUUGUGCAACAGGGGAUGCGGAAUGAAGGUGCCCAAGGACGAAAUGGCGCGCCACAACUGUGUCUUCGAGCUGCGUGAGCUGGUAGAGAAGCAGGAGAAGGAGAUUUCCGAUCUGAAGGAGAAGCAGGCCGCCCAGGAGAUCCGCAACCUGAGCCAGCGCCGGGAGCUGGAGCUGUUCCAGUACUACAUCGCAGCCCUGCGAUCGACCAAUCCCGUGUUGCGCAACAUUGGCGAGGGACUGGACCGCUUCUCGUUGAUGCAGUGGGGCAAUGGUCUGCCGCUGGCCACUGUCCACACCUGGGGCAGCCUGAUCUCCACGCCGGACACGCCCAUGCACCUGAUGGUGCGCGACGUCCUGCGCUCCUGCGGCUGUCCGAUGCACAUGGUCAACCAGAUGGUGGACCGCUGCCACGAGGAUCGCUGGCCCGAGGGUCUGAUGACCCUGGACUCGCGCCGGGAGAACCAGCAUCGCAUGAGCCAGUAUGUGACCCGUCUGGUGCCCGGCCUGGUCACCGGCAAGCCCUGUGUGGUUGUCCUGUCCGGCGACAAUACCCACAUGCCGGAGAACCUGCGUCCCAGCCUCGGCCUGGUCAUGAUCUUCGUCGACGGCGUGGACGAGAUGCUGCAGGAGCCGCUGCCGGACAUCGAGUUUGCCUAGGCCAGAGAGAUCACACCUGCAUCUUUCGACAAAAUUCAUUUUGGUAAUUUAACUAUCGAUCAUCGCCGACUGGCCGUUUUCCACGUCUUUGUUUUGGAAACGUAGCCAUGUUGCUUUUAUUGUCUAAAAUUACACGAUCAACACGAGUUCAUCGUAUGUCCAACGGUAUUCAAGGGAAAAAUAAAAUAAG